GUGCAUGUGCGUGUGCGUGUCGCCCUUUCUCUCGUUCCACCGGCAAAAAAAAAAAGCGAGGCUCAGUUUCGUCGCCUUUGCACCGAGGUCCCAGGAUUCUUGAGCUGAGCCCAGCUGACAAGCUUUUGAAGAUGGCACAAUAACAGUCCAGUGAUGCCUGACCAUGACAGCACAGCCCUCUUAAGCAGGCAAACCAAGAGAAGAAGAGUUGACAUUGGAGUGAAAAGGACGGUAGGGACAGCAUCUGCAUUUUUUGCAAAGGCAAGAGCAACGUUUUUUAGUGCCAUGAAUCCCCAAGGUUCAGAGCAGGAUGUUGAGUAUUCAGUAGUGCAGCAUGCAGAUGGGGAAAAGUCAAAUGUACUCCGCAAGCUGCUGAAGAGGGCGAACUCAUAUGAAGAUGCCAUGAUGCCUUUUCCAGGAGCAACCAUAAUUUCCCAGCUGUUGAAAAAUAACAUGAACAAAAAUGGUGGCACGGAGCCCAGUUUCCAAGCCAGCGGUCUCUCUAGUACAGGCUCAGAAGUACAUCAGGAGGAUGUAUGCAGCAACUCUUCAAGAGACAGCCCCCAAGAGUGUCUUUCCCCUUUUGGCAGGCCAACUAUGAGCCAGUUUGAUGUGGAUCGGUUAUGCGACGAGCACCUGAGAGCUAAACGCGCCCGGGUUGAGAAUAUAAUUCGAGGUAUGAGCCAUUCCCCUAGCGUGGCAUUAAGGGGCAAUGAAAAUGAAAGAGAAAUAGCUCCGCAGUCCGUCAGUCCCCGAGAAAGUUACAGAGAAAACAAACGCAAGCAAAAGCUGCCACAACAGCAGCAGCAGAGUUUCCAGCAGCUGGUUUCGGCGAGGAAAGAGCAGAAGCGAGAGGAGCGCAGACAGCUGAAGCAGCAGCUGGAGGACAUGCAGAAGCAGCUGCGCCAGCUGCAGGAGAAAUUCUACCAGAUCUACGAUAGCACUGACUCUGAAAAUGAUGAAGAUGGCAACCUGUCUGAAGACAGCAUGCGCUCCGAAACCAUGGACGCGAGAGCCGGUGACUCUGUCGGCAGGUCGGACAAUGAGAUGUGCGAGCUGGACCCAGGGCAGUUCAUCGACCGAGCGCGGGCCCUCAUCCGGGAGCACGAGGUAGCAGAGAACAAGCCAAAAAGAGAAGGUCCUAAGGAGAAAGAGCAAGGGCCAAAUGCCUUCCACCCCGAAGGCAAACAUUUGGCUGAGACCCUGAAGCAGGAGCUGAACACUGCCAUGUCACAAGUUGUAGACACAGUGGUCAAAGUUUUCUCAUCCAAGCCCUCCCGCCAGCUUCCUCAGGUCUUCCCACCCCUCCAGAUCCCGCAAGCAAGGUUUGCCGUCAACGGGGAGAACCACAACUUUCACACAGCCAACCAGCGCCUGCAGUGCUUUGGGGACGUCAUCAUUCCCAACCCCCUUGACACCUUCGGCAGCGUCCCCAUGCCUGGCGCCACCGACCAAACUGAGGCGCUGCCCCUCGUUGUCCGCAAAAACUCCUCUGACCAAUCCGCCUCAGCCCCGCCGGCUGGUGGCCACCACGCCUCCCUGCACCAGUCCCCGCUCUCGGCCACCGCUGGCUUCUCCACUUCCUCCUUCCGCCACCCAUUCCCACUGCCCCUCAUGGCCUAUCCCUUCCAGAGCCCCCUGGGUGCCCCAUCAGCCUCCUUCCCAGGGAAAGACCGCGCCUCCCCGGAAUCCCUCGACCUGACCCGGGAGACCACCAGCCUGAGGACCAAGAUGUCGUCGCAUCAUAUGAACCACCACCCCUGCUCGCCUGCCCACCCCCCCAGCGCUGCCGAGGGCCUCUCCUUGUCGCUCAUUAAGUCCGAGUGUGGCGACCUGCAAGACAUGUCCGAAAUCUCACCCUACUCGGGAAGUGCAAUGCAGGAAGGCUUGUCACCGAAUCACUUGAAAAAGGCCAAGCUCAUGUUCUUUUACACCCGGUACCCAAGUUCCAAUAUGCUGAAAACCUACUUCUCAGAUGUAAAGUUCAACAGAUGCAUUACCUCUCAGCUCAUCAAGUGGUUUAGCAAUUUCCGUGAGUUUUACUACAUUCAGAUGGAGAAGUAUGCACGGCAAGCCAUCAACGACGGGGUCACGAGCACUGAGGAGCUGUCUAUAACCAGAGACUGUGAGCUGUACAGGGCCCUGAACAUGCACUACAAUAAAGCAAAUGAUUUUGAGGUUCCAGAGAGAUUCCUGGAAGUGGCUCAGAUCACGUUACGGGAGUUUUUCAAUGCCAUUAUCGCAGGCAAAGAUGUUGAUCCUUCCUGGAAGAAGGCCAUAUACAAGGUCAUCUGUAAGCUGGACAGUGAGGUCCCUGAGAUUUUCAAAUCCCCAAACUGCCUACAAGAGCUUCUUCAUGAGUAGAGAGUUCAGCAGCUAUUUAUGAAUGUAUGAAAGUAGCAGUCCCCUUCUGA